GUUCCCAUGAAAGAAUAUUCCUCACAACCACAUCAACCUGAACCUAAAUCAUUCGUUCCUUCAACUCAUCAUGUUCAGAAACCUGUUGUCAUAGCAAGUGUACCCGUGGAACAUCAUGAAAAACCAGCUCAAUUCCCAGAAAAAGAGUAUGAAAAACCCGCUGAUCAUCAGGCUCCAGUUUUCAAGCCACAUGAAUCAUCUCCACCACCUGCACAACAUCAUGGAGUUCCCGUGAAAGAAUAUUCCUCACAACCACAUCAACCUGAACCUAAAUCAUUCGUUCCUCCAACUCAUCAUGUUCAGAAACCUGUUGUCAUAGCAAGUGUACCCGUUGAACAUCACGAAAAACCAGCUCAAUUCCCAGAAAAGGAAUACGAAAAACCCGCUGAUCAUCAGGCUCCAGUUUUCAAGCCACAUGAAUCGUCUCAACCACCUGCACAACAUCAUGGAGUUCCCAUGAAAGAAUAUUCCUCACAACCACAUCAACCUGAACCUAAAUCAUUCGUUCCUUCAACUCAUCAUGUUCAGAAACCUGUUGUCAUAGCAAGUGUACCCGUUGAACAUCACGAAAAACCAGCUCAAUUCCCAGAAAAGGAGUACGAAAAACCCGCUGAUCAUCAGGCUCCAGUUUUCAAGCCACAUGAAUCAUCUCCACCACCUGCUAAACAACAUCAUGGAGUUCCCAUGAAAGAAUAUUCCUCACAACCACAUCAACCUGAACCUAAAUCAUUCGUUCCUUCAACUCAUCAUGUUCAGAAACCUGUUGUCAUAGCAAGUGUACCCGUUGAACAUCACGAAAAACCAGCUCAAUUCCCAGAAAAGGAAUACGAAAAACCCGCUGAUCAUCAGGCUCCAGUUUCCAAGCCACAUGAAUCAUCUCCACCACCUGCUCAACAUCAUGGAGUUCCCGUGAAAGAAUAUUCCUCACAACCACAUCAACCUGAACCUAAAUCAUUCGUUCCUCCAACUCAUCAUGUUCAGAAACCUGUUGUCAUAGCAAGUGUACCCGUUGAACAUCACGAAAAACCAGCUCAAUUCCCAGAAAAGGAGUACGAAAAACCCGCUGAUCAUCAGGUCCCAGUUUUCAAGCCAUAUGAAUCAUCUCCACCACCACCGCCGUAUAGACCAGAAAAGUCUUUUCCAGCUCAAAAUAUUCCGGUGCAUUCAGUACAUCCUGAUUACAAUGCUCCUGAUUAUAGUCCCAUGGUUCAUUUGGAAGAUAAACCUACAACAUAUGUAAAGCCGAUAAAUGUUCCUAUUUUACCGUACUAUCCAGAAGAUAUCUCAUAUACUGAACACAUGCCCGUAACGCAUAAAGAUGAUAUAGAUUACCGGAUUUACAAGAAAUAUCCAGGUUAUAUACCUGAAGAAACGGAGUUUGAUAGAAACGUUAGGCUUCGUGGUACUGUAAAUGAAUACAUAAAGAGGAAUUGGAACGUCUUUGAAAAUACAGAUGAAGAUGAAAAAGUAGAUUAUACUGAAGACCACAACACUGAAAAGUUUUUUCAAGACGAUGACUGUAUCUUCAUUCACAUAAUCAAUAGAUUUUAAUAUAUUUGGGAUUUCUUAUAUUUUUGUCGAGAAGCAGUCAUAUAAAAUAGGAAAAUGAUUUAAAUAACAUAUAUAUUUAAUAAAUAAUUUUAAUGAAAAUACAGUUAUUGCAUGAAUGAGGCAGUGUCUUGUUUUGGUAAAUAAAACCUAUAUUC